AUGGUCAUGUCCCUACAAGAAGAACAUGCACCAUCCACGAACGCUUCCUCAGCGUGCUCAAUGCCCAGACACUCUCUGCCAAAAGCAAACGACACAGUGCCACAUCUGGAAUCAUUGACCUUAAUUUCUUCUGUCGGCUGCGGCAUCUCCAUGUUUUUUAUGGCCAUCGCUUUAUUCAUGCAUUUCCUGCUACGGAAAGCCAAAUCAAAUCAGGCCACGAAGAUCUUGAUGAGCAUGUUUGUGGCUUUGUGUCUACUGAAUGUCUUCUUUUUGUCAAACAAGAGCGUUGCUAACACAGGAGACAACGCUGCGUGCGUCUUCAUAGCACUGGUGCUGCAUUACUCCAUGCUGGCCUCAUUCACCUGGUUCUUCAUUCAAGCUCUUCAUAUGUACUUAUGGCUCAUCAGACAGAACGUCACCAUCACAAACUACAUGAGGAAGAUCACCGUGUUAGGCUGGGUGUGUCCCGCUCCGAUAGUCGUAGUUAUCGUUUCUGUAGGAGGAUAUGAAGCAGUGACCCUAAACACGACGUCUGGAAAAAUCACACGAAUGUGCUGGAUUACAAAUUCUUACAUUCAUUAUAUGAACAUCGGCUACUACGCUUUAGUUUUCGUCUUCACGACAGGAAUCUUCAUCAUGAUGGUCACUAAGGUUGUUCAGGCCAGAAACAUAAAAGCUGUUGACGGCAAGAGAAAGACGUUCAGAAAGCAGCUGAUGAUGGUGUUGAGUUUGUUCCUGCUCUUCGGUCUGACGUGGUCUGUGGCGGUCUUCAGUUAUGGACCGAUGCUCAUUCCCUCAUAUUACAUAUUCACCGUGCUGAACUCAUUACAGGGGUUUUUCCUCUUCCUGUAUUACUACCACAUUCACAAUGACGUUGCGGGUUGCUUCUCUGAUGAUCCAGAAAGCACCGACUCCAGCACAACCAUCACUCAAUCCAGCAUUAAUGCUGUGGAAAAUAUUUAUAACUAG